GUGUUGCUGUGACUUUUUGGUCCGCUAAGUUCCGCCCCGGGCUCAGAGUCCGGACAGUUUUGAAUGUGGUUGAUUUUGGCCAGGUGAGAAGCUGGAACUGAAGGUGAACACGUGAACAAGAGUUCAGAAACCUCUCCACAGUCUAUAAAGUGUGUCAGUGAUCCGACCUCGACAACAUGAAGCGGGCAUGUUUGACGUCCUCCGUGCUGCUGCUGCUGCUUCUCGUGGAGGGGAGCGUUGAGUCGCUGCACGAGAGCAGGAGGCCGAAUUUUGUCCUCAUGAUGGUGGACGACCUCGGGAUCGGCGACCUGGGCUGCUACGGAAAUAAAACUCUGAGGACCCCCCAUAUCGACCAGCUGGCGGAGGAAGGGGUGAAGCUGACUCAUCACAUCGCUGCAGCCAGCCUCUGCACCCCCAGCAGGGCCGCAUUCCUCACCGGGCGCUACCCGAUAAGAUCAGGGAUUUAUGGGAGUGGGAGAAACCAGGUCUUCAUACUGAACACAGCGCCCGGAGGUCUCCCCAGCACAGAGAUCACCUUUGCAAAGAUCGCUAAACAACGCGGCUAUGACACGGCGCUAAUCGGAAAAUGGCACCUGGGACUGAACUGUAACAGCAGCGACGAUCACUGCCACCACCCCAGCGUGCACGGCUUCAACUAUUUCUUCGGCAUCCCUUUGACCAACCUGCGGGACUGCCAGCCCGGACACGGCACCGUGUUCCAGUUCCACAAAUAUCUGCCCUACAGGACGCUGCUCAUCGUCUUCCUCACCUCAGUUUUCCUCCAUUACUGCGGCCUCAUCGUCGUCCGCAGAAGGCUGAUCCUGGCUCUGCUGGUUCUGCUGCUGCUGGCUGCAGGACUGCUCGCAGGGUUCAUCACGCUCAUGCCGUACUUCAACUGCAUCCUGAUGAGGGAGCACAGAGUCAUAGAGCAGCCGUUUGUGUCUGAAAACCUGACGCAGAGGAUGACGCGCGAGGCCGUAGACUUCAUGGAGAGGAACGCUGAGACGCCGUUCCUGCUGUUCUUCUCUUUCAUCCAGGUGCACACGGCCAUGUUCGCUUCUGCACGCUUCAGAGGGAGCAGCCAACACGGCAUCUACGGGGACGCCGUCCACGAGGUGGACUGGAGCGUCGGCGAGCUCAUGCAGACUCUGGACAGACUCAGACUGAGAGAACACACUCUGGUGUACCUGACCUCCGAUCAGGGAGCUCACCUGGAGGAGAUCUCUGCACGAGGAGAGGUGCACCGAGGCUGGAACGGGAUUUACAAAGCGGGGAAGUCCACCAGCUGGGAGGGAGGCAUCCGGGUGCCGGGGAUCGUGCGUUGGCCGGGGAUGAUCCCGGGCGGCAGGGUGGUCGACGAGCCCACCAGCAACAUGGACGUGUUUCCGACGGUGGUGCGGCUGAGCGGAGCGUCGGUCCCCGAGGACAGGGAGGUCGACGGUCGUGACCUCAUGGCGUUGCUGCAGGGGAAGACGGACAGAUCAGACCACGAGUUUCUGUUCCAUUACUGCAGCAGAUACCUGAACGCACUCAGAUGGCAUCCUCAAAACAGUAGCUCAGUGUGGAAAGCCUUUUUCUUCACACCAAACUUCUACCCUGAGAACGAGACGGCGUGCCACCACACGCACCUCUGCUUCUGCGAGCCGGACUACGUGACCUACCACGAUCCCCCGCUGCUCUUCGAUCUCUCCAGGGACCCGUCGGAGACCACGCCGCUGACUCCCGACGCCGAGCCCGCCUUCAGCUCCGUCCUGGCUGUGAUGAACGAGGCCGCCGAGGCGCAUCGGAGGUCGGUGACGCCCGGGGAGAACCAGAUAUCUGCAGGGGACGUGCUGUGGAGACCCUGGAUGCAGCCCUGCUGCUCCACGUUCUCUCAGCUCUGUCAGUGUCAGGAAGAGGAAGAGGACGAGGAGGAGGAAGAGGAGGACGAGGAAGAGGAGGAAGAGGAGGACGAAGAGGACGAGGAGGACGAAGAGGACGAGGAGGACGAAGAGGACGAGGAGGACGAGGAGGACGAGGAGGACGAGGAGGAGGAAGAGGAGGAGGGGAUGGAGUUCUCGUGGUAAAACAAAAAAACACUCAUCUUGUGACUCAUGAGACUUUCACACUCUGAUUUGGAGAAGAAAUGUUCUGCCUGGUUUUCAACUGUAGGAUAAAUGUUCAGAGCUAAUUUUACAAUCAUGUCAUUAGAGUCAGAAAUCAGACGCCAUAUCCACGAGAUUAUCAAAGCCAGAAUCAGGAGCCAUGUGAGCUGGUUCAUGAGCAGGUUUAGACCUCCUGAGUUUAGACUCCACAUUAGUUUGUGACGCUCAAUAAAACCCAAGACGACAUGAUUGUUCUCUUUUUGUGUCCAUGUAGGACUUGUGAUCAAACUGAAACACAUCCCUCUGUGUGCUCAUCGGAGGCGUCACACUCUGCAGGUGUGUGUGUGUGUGUGUGUGUGUGUGUGUGAGUGUGUGUGUGCAUGCUUUGAACGUCUAAGCAGCUGAAUAAUUGCUGUAAUAAAGCUGCUCCUUCAGCCGGCCAGGGCAGAAUAUUUUCCGACGAGACGCGCCGAAACUAAGCGAGUAAUAAACAAAAGCAGAGGAAUCUCUCGCCCCGGGUGGAAACUGUAAUUUAAGGGGAAGCCUUAAUUGAGCCUCAUUAGCAGAAGCAGCAGGUGGGAUUACAUAACGGCAGCGGGCGGGGGGGGGGACGCUGCAGGAGACAUCUGUGUGUUUGUGCUUUUACAUCGGAGAGCUGGUUUACAGGUUUACAGUGCUAAUGUGAUGUUAGGAUAAAUGAUGUAAUGAAGUAUCUCUCAUAGAACACUUCUUAUCCCUCGGUAUGUGACCUCACGUCCUCUCUGCUGAACAGAAAGAGUUACUGAAGAAGACACACCGACACAUUCACACCCUGAUGGUAGAGGCUGCUACGGCCGACUCUACCAACUGAGCAACAGCUGUAAGUCUGCUUCCCUUUGUGAUGUCAUGCAGGGAAAAUCUCCAAACAGCCUGUUUGAGCGCACAUUUUCUUGAGAAGAGAGGAUGUGUUUCUUGGAUUCUGAUUGUAUCGCAAAAAAUCUCUUUUGGGUAGAAAAUGUGAAAUAAAGAAAAAAAGAAAUCUGCA